AUGGACCCCAACAUGAACAGCCUCCUUAAAUGGAGUAUCAAAGCCGCUACCGAGGAGCAAUCCUCCGGUGAAAACAACAAUAACAACAACUCUGGCAACAAUGCCCCCGCCGAUCCCUCCCGCGGCCUCACGCCGCAGAUGCUCUCGACUCUCUUCGGCGGACCCUCCGAAGCCGACCUGAUGAAAGCCGCCAUGGAAGCCCUUCGCUCCGAUGAAGUCGACCUGGAGAACAAGCUUAUCGCAUUCGAUAACUUUGAGCAGCUCAUUGAAUCGAUCGAUAACGCAAACAACCUGGAGCCUUUGGGUCUGUGGACCCCUCUGGUCGAGCUUCUUGACCACAAGGAACCGGACAUGCGCCGCAUGGCGGCGUGGUGCAUCGGCACGGCUGUGCAGAACAACGAAAAGGCGCAGGAUAAGCUCAUUGUCCUGAACGCUCUUCCGAAGCUCGUCUCCCUUGCCACCGCGGACACCACUCCCGUUGUUCGCAAGAAGGCCGUCUAUGCUAUUUCCUCGGCGGUCCGCAACUACCAGCCCGCCAUGGACGAGGUGACCAAGAGCCUUCCUGAGGGUUACUCUCGUGACAAGAUCGACGCCGGAGACAUGGAUGCCCCGACAUUUGUGACAUGUACUGUUGAUCGGAUGCUGUCGCCUAGCAAGCCUACUUCGUCGUCAUCUGGCGAGCACGUGGUGCCCUUGAGAGGCACACGUGCAUUGCGCGUCGACCGAGCUAGGGCAUUGACGAUGCUAGCAUCAGGGCGACAUGCCGUGACAGGCACCCGCCUCAGCUAUGAGGCUCAAGCCAUACGCCCCCACCUGAUCCCAAAAUAA